GUCAAUACCUCUCUUCUAUCACUCAGACAUUCCUCACUCUUGCCUUGUGUCCUUGCCUAAGCCGAGCUUGCCACCGGGGGCUCCAUCUCACAAUCGCUGACCAAUCCAAGCCAAGCCAAUGGAGGAUGCGAGGGGCUACCGGGGGAUACCGGCGUUCGGGCAAUGGAACUACGGCGGCGGCGACGACUGGUCUGUGCUCUCCCAGCGCUUCGAGUCUGCGAUGCACACCCAGUUCCCCGUACACAAACCCUGCAAGAGGGCGAGGGCAGGUCGCAGGAGGCGAGUCCCACCGUUCGGAGAGUGGAACAACCACAGCAACGGCGACGGCGAUGGCUGGACGGCGGCCGUCAACCAGUGUUUCGAGCCAGGCGUGGCACACAAAUCACUCAAGCAGGACCUCACUGGUUACGACAAUGGCGUCGUCGCCAUGGGGAAGCAGCACAAAAUUGCGAGGCAAACCUGGGUGGAUGACUCAGGGCCCCACGUGGCAAUGGAGCCCUUCUUCUUCACGGCGGUCAAAGCUGUUGACGAUGACCUGUACGAGGUCCCACCGGACAUGCCCUGCGCCAAGCCACUACGGAAGGGUAGGACGUGGCUGAGGAGCCUGCUGAUGAGGUGUUGCGGCAUCAACUGCUUUGCCUACUGAAUGCCGCCUAGGGCUCACAUUGGUACAUGUUUUGAUGGAUCGAUGGAUGAACUGCACGAUGUGGUUCCCCGUCCUUGAGAAUGUAACUAUGCAAGCUGGUAGUAGUGGAUUGAUGACUUAUAUAUAGGUUAUGUCUUUUCAUUCAUUUAUGUUAUGUAUGAGCAAAACUCCCAAGCUGGUCAAUUUGAUUUAUGAAGAUUAAUGUACUAAUGCCUGCCGUAUUUGCUGAAAUGAAGAAGGGAACGUGCCCAUAGUAUACUA